CGCCCCCGCCGGGCCCCCUCCGCCCCGGCCCCGGCGCCGCCGCUUGCACAAGAUGGCGGGGACCGUGGCCGAGCGGGACGCGCUGAAAAUAGAGGACGGGCAUUUAAACAACUCGCUGGGAUCCCCGGUGCAAGCUGAUGUGUACUUCCCUCGCCUGAUCGUCCCCUUCUGUGGGCACAUCAAAGGAGGAAUGAGGCCGGGAAAGAAGAUCUUAGUUAUGGGCAUAGUGGAUCUGAACCCCGAGAGCUUUGGCAUCAGUCUGACUUGCGGGGAGUCAGAAGAUCCUCCUGCAGAUGUAGCCAUUGAACUGAAAGCUGUGUUUACAGACAGGCAGUUUGUCAGAAACUCUUGUGUAGCCGGAGAAUGGGGAGAGGAGCAAUCGUCUAUUCCUUACUUUCCUUUUAUACCGGACCAGCCUUUUAGGGUUGAGAUACUUUGCGAGCAUCCCCGUUUUAGAAUAUUUGUGGAUGGACAUCAGCUCUUUGAUUUUUACCACCGUAUUGAAACACUGUCAGCAAUUGAUACGAUAAAGAUAAAUGGAGAUCUUCAGCUUACAAAACUUGGCUGAGCUUGUGAGGACUGCAGAUUCCAAACCGGCUCAGGUGCCAUCGUCCGUUUGGAGAAGUGACAGCCAGCUCUGGACACAGCUAUGGUAGGAAGGCUGCCCCGUUCCUUUUCCGCAUGCAGUUCUUCACUCCUGUGCCGAUGAACCAGGCUGUUGUUUAUCCUAAUGAAGAACACUGUUGGUUAAUAGACAUUGAGCCGUUUUUCUUGGAUCAAAAUAGCCUACCUAUACUGGAUAAUCAAAUUGGAAUGGAUUCAGAAAGACUUGCACUCUUGUCUCAGAUCUCACAGAAAGGCAAUUUCUGACGUGCAGCGCUAAAACCAGUUACUGAACAGCAGUGACAACAACAGAAAGUUUUUCUUUUGCAAAUAUUGUUUCUGCACUGAAGUGGAGUAGUGUAGCACAACAUAGGGCCACGUGCUGACGUCCUUACCCGGGGCCUGAGCCUGGUUCCAUGGAAAUCAAUGGCAAAACUCCCACUCACUUUAACGGGGUACAAUCAAACUGUCUAGUCCUUAGUCAAGCACAAUUCCCACUGAUUUCUAUGGGAUUUUUGCACAUGCCUGGGCGUCAGCUCUUCUGCUGGUCUAAACCAGCAUCACCUCUGUGGUUUGCAUGGAGUUUUGCUGAUUGCUGCCAGCAGCAGACUUGUCCCAAGGACUGUGCAAAAAUGGAAUGAGGGUAUGAGGACACUGCCUGUGUAUUUUAGUCAGGGUAUUUGCAUAGAAUGUAGAUCGUUACGAGUUUUUGCACAAUGUAUUGUUAAUACAAUUUUUAAAGCUUAUCUGUAGUUUAUUUAUUUAUACUCAUUGUAUGUAUUAUUAGUAAAAAUGAACAACCUUACUGAUGGUUAAGAAUCAAGCAAAAGUGUAAACAUUUUGAAUGUACAAAAUGUCUUUUAGGUUCUUUGGGUAAACUUUACAUAUCAUUCUUGAAAAAUCCUGUUUCCUGUUGAGCAUUUAGUUACAUUUUAAUGGAGCCCUCUAGGCCCUGGGAAAGUGUGGGCAUGGUAGUUGGUGGGGUGGGGGGAACUGUUUGCAUAUUCACUCAAAACUGCUUUUCAGGGGUUACUAACUUUGCUGCCCAGGAUAGGUUUGAGUUCAAGUCAAUCCUUUUAAAAACCAGCAAAUUUGAAGUUGGAACCAUGCUUGUGUAACCUGAGAAAAAGUUCAGUUUGGCAGCCUCUUAGCUGAGGAAGAGAACCAGCCUCUUUCCAAGGGAGAUGGGAGAUUUUCUGCACUUGUUUGAGAACAUAUUUGGCCUUUGAUAUGACAAUUAAAACUUGUCUAGACAGCCAAGUUAUUAAUGCUUGAAAAUCAGCUACUGCACAUGAAUAAUAACUUUUCAAGUAGCUUUUUAAAUACUAGGUAUAGCUGUAUAAACACAGUCAUUGCGCUACACUAUAAAUGAACACAGCCACUUUUCUUGACUUCUUUAGGACUAAAUACACUUUUUUCCUUGGCUGCUCACAACAGACUGUCACUGGUCUUUCUGAGUAGUUAUAAUCAUGAUAGAAACGUAUAUUUAGACAAUUCUGAAAACAUGUAAUAUAGGGACUUUCUAAGACACAGAAUACAAAAACAUCCUUUGUAGCACUGUAUUUAAAGAAAAAAAGAGAGAGAGAAGAAUCUCACAAAGAGAAUUAUGUUAAACCUGCAAUAAAGCUGUGGUUUAAAGCAACCAGAACUGGAAUACCCAAAGUUAAGGGUAGCAUGCCAGUUGCAAAACCUCAUUUUGUGCUAAUAUGGCCUGCAGUUAAGAAGCCUUAGACUGCAAGCUGAAAUUCCAACUGUGGCUCUAGUCCAAAGCCUGUUGAGGUCAAUCAGAGUCCUCCGAGCACAGAAGCCUGAUUCUUAUUUCAUGCAAGUGCAAAUCUCUUUGCAAAGCCAGGGGGGUGUUGUUGCUGCUGCAGCUGAGUUAAGAAUCAGGCUGCUGCCUAUAGAAUACAAGUUGAAAAUCAAAUUUUAGCCUUAACAUUGACAUUCCCUGACUUUUCCUUCCUUUUUCCAAAUUGUAAACCUGUCAUUUUCCAGAUGAUCUUUUUAUCUGAUGUGUGGCUUUCAAGUUGGACAUCAGAUCCUAUUUGUACUUCAGAUUGAAUAAGAAAUGUUCCUGUCUCGCUCUGUUUUUACUCUUUUACAUGAUACAUGAUGACUGCGUCAUUUUUCCAUUGUAUAAAGAAUGCUGACAGUGUUUCGGUACAAGAUAUAUUCUUAAAAAUUAUGAUAAUGAUGAUAAUAAAAAUCCAAGGGAAAGGUGCUUCUA